UCGUUGCGAUCAAAAACUUUCUGAUUCCUAGCUUUUUAAUCUUGGAAGUUUUAGAUUAAAUAAUCAGUUAGUAAUUUACAAGCCUUGCUGACAGAAUAAUUAAUUUAUAAAUUAACAGAAAUUAGAUAAAUUGUCAAAAAAUGCUGGAAAAAAUCGCUAGCUUGACAACCUUGCGUAAUUUGACGGGACUGACAAGAACAUUGGUGAAGCAAGGAAAUAUCAAUGCUUUAAGAUGUUACUCAACUAAACUUGCACCAGCAUCUCCAAAACAAUUCAGCUGUUUAACUAAGCCAAUCACUUUUAAAAAUGUAAUCUGUCCAUCAUCAGCACAGCUAAAAAAAGCUAUUGGAAAUAGCCUAAUUCAGGCCCGGUCUCAAAGUACACAUGGAAGUCAUGUUAAUCUGUGGAAACUGGAAAGACUAGUGGCUGCAAUGUUUGUGCCACUGGUACCCCUCUGUCUAAUGCUGGAAAAUCCUGUGCUAGACAGCUUGUUAGCUGUAUUGUCUGUGAUACAUGUUCACUGGGGAUUGGAGGCUAUUAUUAUUGAUUAUGCAAGACCAAUAGUAGUUGGACAUAUAUUUCCUAAAAUUUGCUUUGUUGCGUUAUACCUUGUAUCAGCUCUAACUCUGGCUGGUCUUCUUGUACUUGUAUACAAUGGACCUGGCAUUAGCAAGGUACUCAAGCAGGGAUGGACUAUUGGAAAAGAUAAAUAAAUCUUUUUUCACUUAAGGUACAAGUCACAAUAUUUAAAAAUUUUUUUCGUAAGUUCAAUGUAAAUUAGGAAAUAAAAUAUUAUUACCAAAUAGCACUUGUGUUUGAAAAAUAAUUGAGACAUAGCUUGGCUAUUAAAAU